UGAACAAGGCCUCCUCGACGACACUCGGCUGUGGUUUGUCGUUCAGUGAAACAAGGAUUUCGAGUAGUGUUAGAUUUCGUGUUUUCGGUGGGAACCAAUUAAUUAUUUAUUAGCAAAAUGAGCUGGCAGGAUUAUGUAGACAAGCAAUUACUUGCUUCCCGUUGUGUAACAAAAGCGGCGAUCGCAGGACACGAUGGCAAUAUAUGGGCAAAAUCUGACAAUUUUGAUGUGACGAAAGAAGAAUUAGCAAAACUUGUCCAAGGUUUCGAAAAAGAAGACAUCCUCACGUCAUCAGGUGUAACCAUAGCAGGCAAACGAUACAUAUACUUAUCAGGUACAGAUCGUGUUAUAAGAGCAAAAUUGGGCAAAGUAGGAGUACAUUGUAUGAAGACAACACAAGCCGUCGUGGUAUCCCUUUACGAAGAUCCCAUUCAGCCCCAACAGGCUGCUUCAGUUGUAGAAAAAUUAGGGGAUUACCUAAUUACCUGCGGUUACUAGAGAUAGCGUGAAUAGCUGCGUUACACAUCAGCCCUGCAGCGUUUACAAGCAACCGAAAUUUGAUUUUUUAAUUAACAGCGAAAAGAAGCAAUGUGUAUAACGAGUGUAUCAGUAUAUAAAAGUUGUUCAAUGUGAAGACAGCAGCACGUUGAAUUUCUUUCAUAAACUUUUAUUAUAUGCAUUAUUAUGUCGUUUUGGUAAUUGCAGUGGUUUAUUUUAUAAGCAUCGACCUCCGUUUCAAUGGUUUUAAAGUGUAAUUAAUCUUUAAAAAAAAUUAUUCGUACAGUACUGCAAUUUUACGCAUUAAAAAAUCAAUAUAUUGUAUUUAAUUAAUCAAUGAUUAUAUUGUGCUUAUAAAAUAGCCUACGUUCCUCAUCGUAAUUAUUUAGACUGUGGUCUCAUAUUUACAUUGUUUUUAGGACUCUUUCUAGGUUACGUUUUUCUUUUCUGUCUUUUGUGAUGCCAUGCCCUUUCAGGCAAGUUUUUUUUUUAAUGUAAAAAGCAACCGGCCGAAGGGACAUGUCGUACUACUACAUACAGCAAGUUAAAAUAAUAAAAUUCAGCAUUUCAUGUAAGCUUUUCCUAUACAACAUUGCUAUAAUAAUAAUCUAAAUAUUUGAUACUGAAAAACUUAAAGUUAGGAUUUUUUAAAUAAAAAUCUCUAGUCCC